UGUGCAGACUCCAGAGAAACUAUUGGGCGUCGUCGUCACAUUGAUUGUUUCUCUUCCGAAAAUCGAGUACAAAUUGCGCUUUUACAAGUUAAAGGGUUCGCGUCGUUGCUCGACAGUAAACUCUUUGUCUCCAGCAUAAAGUGAAAAACAGAGAGGCGCCGCGAAAUGGCGCUAAGAGGAUGUUGCGGGCUGUUGAAGUACAUAGUCGUCAUCGUCAACCUCGUCUUCUGGUUGGCAGGUUUGGCGAUUCUGGGGCUGGCAACAUGGCUAAUAGUGGACCCACGGAUGUAUACGUCCCUGUUGGACGAAGAGCAGAACUACUUCAUCUCCCUGUACAUCCUGCUGAUCGUUGGUGCUCUGAUGUUCAUAAUCGGCUUUCUUGGAUGCACUGGCGCUUUCAGAGAAUCUCAGUGCAUGCUGGUUUUGUUCUUCUGCUUCCUAUUGAUCAUCCUGGUUGCUGAGAUCGCAGCUGGAGCAUGGGCGUACACUCACCAGGACCGUCUAGAUGCUCUUAUUGAGGACAGUGUUAUGACAACUGUCAAGAGAGACUACACCGAUGGUCCAUCCCGUGCAAGAACAUUCGACACAGUGCAGCAAAGACUUGAAUGUUGUGGAGCCAAAGGACCUUCCGACUGGGCCCUCAGCACGUUCAACCAAAAAAAUCCGAGCAGCGGCUUCGAGAUUAUGAUCAGUUCGGCCAUUGAGUCAUACAAGGUGCCCACUAGUUGCUGCUCGGGUGACCCAGAAUCUGAAGAGUGCCAAGCGGCCACCGAAAUCAAGGGGCCUUUAACUGGCGCCAUUUUGAAGCAGGUGUCGAUUUUCUCUGAAGGUUGUACCGCAAAAAUUCUCCAGUGGAAAGUCGACAACACACCGACAUUUGUGCUGAUAUUUGUGGGCAUCAUUGCCUUGGAGCUCUUCGGCCUGCUCUUCUCAAUCGUCCUUUGCUGCGCAAUUCGUUCCAUGGACCGCUACAAAGCCUAAUUCGUUUUUGAGCAAUUCUGGUGCCAUGAUUCGAAAUUCUUACAUUGCAAUACUCAAACCACCACAUUUUACAUUUUUUUACUUACCGAUAACUGAACAAAUGACAAGCCUGAGAUUUUUUAACAACGGAACAAACGCCAUCUUGCAUGAUUUUUUCCACCAAACUCGUAGAUCUGAGUGUGUGAUGUCUUGAAAAUACCACACUUUCUACCCAAUAGGUAGCUGAAAUAUUAGUAUUAAGUUGGAUGUAAUUAUUAUUCAAAUGUUGAGGAAAUGAGAAAAUUUGUAGAAAAGAAACAAUAGAUUGCGAGAUGGGGAAGGAAACGAUUUUUUUAUGCGCAGGGCCCGAACAUUUUCACUUGCGAGGAGAUUCGCAACAAAGUCCAAGCUAGUUUUUGUGUCAAUGAAGACUUGUCCAUGACAUGCUAAUAUACUGAACCGCAAACAGAUGCAAAAAAUCUUUGCGUGAUCAAGUAUAUAGAGAAGUACAAAUAAUAUACAUUUUGAUUUUUUUUUCAA